CAAGAACUGGAGCUGCCAUUUUGGCAACUCUUCUGGAGUCAUCACCCAGGAAGACCCAUCAUGCAAAAAAGACUCCCUCAGUGGCUUAUUAUUAAUAGAUGAAGGUCUAUGCAUCAAGAUCAUCAUGCCCUGCCUCCCUGAUCUGCAUGGCUUCCAGUGCACCUCCAAGCCCUUUCCAGAAUCAGGGACAGAACUUGGACCUGAAUCUGCAUUUCUUAACGCUCAUGCCAGUGCUCCUUCUCCAAUAUUCUGCUGCAUAGCACAGGCAACAGAGACCAUCCAGGAAGACCCCUGGGGUCUGUAUCUACACUUGGCCAUGUCUCUGUGGCUACCUUUCCGAGCCAGAUGGAAGCUGGGGCGGAAGAACUCAUUGGGGGACUCCUCACAGCUCCCCAGGCAGGACUACGAUGCCCUGAGGGAAGUGUGCCUGAUGGAAGGCCGCCUCUUUGAAGAUGACAGCUUCCCAGCCAGCCUGCACUCUGUGGGCAGUGGGCCUUUAUUGAGGAAGCUGCCGCCAGGCCUGCAGUGGAAGAGGCCUCCGGAGCUGCACAGCAAUCCCCAGUUCUAUUCUCCUAAUGCCAAAAGGCUGGACCUGUGCCAGGGAGUGGUAGGUGACUGCUGGUUCUUGGCUGCUUUGCAAGCUCUGACUUUGCACCAGGACAUCCUGAGCCGGGUCGUACCCCUGAAUCAGAAUUUCACUGAGAAGUAUGCUGGCAUUUUCCGGUUCUGGUUCUGGCACUUUGGGAAGUGGGUUCCUGUGGUGAUAGAUGACCGACUUCCUGUGAAUGCAGCUGGCCAGCUGGUCUUUGUCUCUUCUAUCUACAAGAACUUGUUCUGGGGAGCUCUUCUGGAAAAGGCCUAUGCUAAACUCUCUGGCUCCUAUGAAGACUUGCACCGUGGACAGGUGUCUGAAGCACUUGUGGACUUCACUGGAGGAGUGACCAUGACCAUCAUUCCAGCAGAAGCCUCUGGCAACCUCUGGGACAUCCUAACCCGAGCUACCUGCAGCAGAACCCUCAUUGGCUGCCAGACCCACUCAGGGAAGGAGAGGGUGCUGGAGAACGGGCUGGUGGGCGGUCAUGCCUAUACCCUCACAGGAAUCAGAAAGGUGACCUGCAAACAUGGACCAGAAUAUCUAGUCAAGCUGCGGAACCCCUGGGGCAAAGUGGAAUGGAAAGGAGACUGGAGUGACAGCUCAAGUACAUGGGAGCUACUGAGCCCCAAAGAGAAGAUUCUACUGCUGAGAAAAAGUGAUGAUGGAGAAUUCUGGAUGACACUGAAGGACUUUCAAACACAUUUCAUGCUUCUGGUUAUCUGUAAGCUGACCCCAGGCCUGCUGAGUCAGGAGGUGGGCCAGAAGUGGGCAUGUACCACGCGGGAGGGGAAAUGGAAGAAGGGAAGCACAGCUGGUGGCCAGAUGAAGUUGCCCCGAGACACAUUCUGGAAGAACCCGCAGUUUCUGCUGUCUGUCUGGAACCCUCAGGAGAGCACAAGGUUCCUGAAGUCCUGCAACGUGCUGGUGUCCUUGCUCCAGAAGCCCAGGCAUAGGCAUCGCAACUGCAAGCCUCACCUUGCCAUCGGCUUCUACCUCUUUCGGUUGAGCAAAUACUAUGGUGACCAGAAGAGACUGCCUCCUGAGUUCUUCUGGAAGAAUGCCCCCGUAAGUUGGCCUGAAGCAUUUCUCACAGAGAAAGAAGUGAGUCGGGAGCUGCAUCUGGAGCCAGGGACGUACCUCAUUGUGCCCUGCACCUCCGAGGCUGGCCAGGAGUCAGAGUUUGUCCUGAGAGUCUUCUCCAGGAAGCACAUCUUUCAUGAAAUUGGCUGCCACACCAGUGCUGUCUUCUCUAAGGAAAUAGUGGACCAAAAUGCAGGGCAGGAUGAAUUCUUCACAAAACUCUUUGAGAAGUAUCCGGAAAUAAAUGCAAUGCAGCUGCAGAAGAUCCUGAACCACAUGACCUGGUCAAGUCUGGGGAGUGCCAAACCUCGCUUCAGCCUGGAUGCCUGCCAGGGAAUCCUGGCCCUGCUGGACCUUAAUGCGUCCGGUACCGUGAGCAUCCAGGAGUUCAGGGACCUGUGGAAGCAGCUUAUGCUCUGUCAGGAGGUUUUCCACAAGCACGACCAUAACCAGUCGGGGUAUCUGAACAGGACCCAGUUGCAGGCUGCCAUGAGGGAUGCAGGAAUCAUGCUCAGUGAUGACGUCUGCCAGCUGAUGCUGAUCCGCUACGGUGGCCCCAACCUCCAGAUAGACUUUGUCAGCUUCGUCCACUUGAUGCUGCGUGCAGAGAACAUGGAGGAUGCCUUCCAGAACUUAACCCAAGAUGGCAAAGGUAUAUACCUUCAGAAGCCAGAGUGGCUGAUGAUGACUCUGUACUCCUGAGAAGGAGCCCUGUCUGCUUUCAGUGAAGACUCUGCAUAUGCCUCAAAGGUAGCUUUUGGCUGAGACCAAUCCACACUCAACCCAGUUACUGUUCUUCAGGACCACAUCUCCGGUCAUCAUCUUCUCCACUGGGAAGAUUACUUUUCUGAAGAUAUCCCUUUGGAUAGGGAGUGUGCAAAUAGGGAAAGGAGUUAGCAAAGAUUGUCUUGGACUUGUGAAGACCAACUGUCAUUCUCAGGCUGCAACCUUUCCACAAGCAGAUAUGUUACCUGAUGUGGCCUAAGCAAUCUGACUCUGGAGUUGGUGCCAUAACCUUCAACAAUAUCGCUUCCAUGGCUGUCCAAUUUAAAUGACCUUAGCCAAAUGUUAUCCCAUUUAGGGUAACAGUCUAGGUUUCAAGAUCUGAAGAGGGACUAAUAUGUCCUUAAACAACUGAACCAGCAUCUAGAAAUUGGUGUAGGCAUAGGCUAAAUUUCAACUGUGUGGAGGUGGAGUGGAGCUACACUGAACUUUCAAAACACAGAAAAUGAGAGGAUAGGCAGAGUCUAGGUGGGUUGAGCUGACUCUGGCAUUUGAGAUCACUGGAUGGUUUUCUGCUACAAUAUCUCCAGAUGGUCGAAAUUGGGGCAGGAACCAAUGAAUUUAACACCUGAAUUCUCCAAGAGCUCCUGCAUGUAACAGGGACCCAUCUGUUUACUUGACCUAUGGACUAUCAGAUACAUUUAAAAUCAGUCACCAAAGCCUCUGUGUGCCUACUUUAAAGAGCAACAAAUCCAUGCUAUAUCAGUGGUGGUUGGUAUCUCUGAUUUUUUUGAACUACCAUGCUGCCUUGCUUUCACAGCAUCACUCCCCAACCAAGAAUCUGGAGGAAAACCAGAAUAAAGGCCACUUCCCCAAACCCUACAUUCUACUCAUAGGUUCACAACUCAGAGCCAUUUGUUAAAAUUCUGUUUAUUCUUGAUUUCCAAGCUGUUCUAGACAUGUUCAGACAUGACUGCCUGGUUUCCAAGCGAAUAAAAGACUAAAGGAGGAAUCUGAAUGAUAGGAUAAAAAGAUGUCCAUGGACAGAACAAAAGGAAACCUGAUAGUCCAAUAAAUGGGCACUGUAGAAGGAGCAAAAGCUUUCUAAGCAUGGCAUAAGGAAGUAGAAAAGUAUUUUACUUAGAAAAAACUUUAUUGAUUCCAAAUGACAAAAUGUAAAAUGGUUUUCCAUAAAGUUCCAGGUAUAUGAAGUAUUGCGGAUUUUAAAAUGAUGAUUAUAUGUUAUAGCCAAGAUCUUUAUGUCUAUUUAUUUGUCAGUAUCAUUGUCUUUAGAUUCUGCGAUUGUACAUAUUUGUUUGAAUUAAAUAGCUAUUGCUUCGG